GGGAGAGAUUUACAAAGAGGCUGUGUGUGUGUGUGACUGUCAAAUCUACAAAUUCUCUCUCUCUCUCUCUCUCUCUCUCUCUCAUCCUUGAUAUUUCCUGUCUUCAAUUCCCUCUUCAUCUGAUUAUUAUGUUCCCAGAUGUUCAAGGGAUGGGAGAAGGGAAGGGUAUGCAGGCAUUUGAAAAGAGUUUUGUUCAAGUGCAAAGCAUACUGGAUCAGAACAGAGUGUUGAUCAAUGAGAUUAAUCAGAAUCAUGAGUCAAAGAUUCCUGAUAAUCUGGGCAGAAAUGUAGGGCUCAUCAGAGAACUCAACAACAAUAUAAGAAAAGUGGUUGAUCUCUACUCUCAUCUUUCAUCUAAUUUCUCCAAAAAUAUGGAUGCUGUUGUUCAAGUUCAAGGGGAUUCAAGACUAGCAGCAGCAGCAGCAGCUAAUAUGAUGCACAAGAGGACUAGAUAGGCCUGCCUGCUUGCUGCAGCUUAAUUGAUUAAUUACUAGAUCCAAUUUAAUUAUCUUUUCUUUUGUUUUAAGAUGGUUGUAACUCAUGCAUUCAAACUAGUACGUACGUACGUACACCUUUCAUGAAAUUUUUUAGUUUAACAUUUGGAGGAGAUGAUUUAUUUAUUUA